GAGAGAUCGCACACACAUGUUUCUAAAUUCUUGUCUUGAUUGUUGACAUCGUCUAUCCAUUAUUGUUUUCAGAAAAACUUCCGCGACGUAACUUGACAAGAAGGUCAGACAAAACUACUAAUUUAAAAAGAUAUUGUAUUUUAAUGUACAAAUACAAUUGUGUACGAAGAUAAGCUUAGGCCGAAUUCAGAUUGUGAAAUAGUCAUGAGUUGAAAAGGCACUGAAUGUGAAACAUUCCGAUCUACAGUUUAUCUACCUCAUCAUCUGCACGACAGCCGUGGAACAUUGCAGCAGUGCAAUAUGGACAAAGUACAGUUCAAUACCGAGGUUGUUAACAUGAGGAAGACAGUAAAGACAGUCAAGGUUCUCAUCGUGCACUCUCUCACAAGACAAGUUAAGAAACUUCAAAGCAAAAAAGGGUCUGAGCAGCAGGUUUUAAAGAACCAAAGAAGAGCAACAAAAAUGCUAGCGGAGGUAGAAGCAAUUAAAGAUGUUCCUCUGGAUACAUUUACCAAGAAGGCUGUCACAUUCAAGAAAGGUCUUCAGGAAGUUCUCAACAACCCAAAGUCAUCUGCUUUGGAGAGAGUAAUAGCUCGUUUGAUACACCAUAGACUCGUCCAAGAAAGAGUUGUCAAAUUUGAAGGUAUGGUUACAAAAGACCUUCUGCGGACAGGAACCAAGAAAUAUAGACGCCUUCGCAAGAAGAAUUUUGAGGAUGAGGCUGAUGCAAGAAGGAAGGAUGAAGAAGAUUAUCAAGGCAGGCUGGAACUAAUGAUAAAAGCUAAGAAGAUCAGAAAGGAGGAGAAGGAAGAGGAGGAGGAUGCAGUGUCCGAUGAAGAUGAUGAUGAAGGCAGGCUGGAACACAUGAUGAAAGCUAAGAAGAUCAGCAAGAAGGAGGAGAAGGAAGAAGAAGAGGAGGAUGUAGUGUCCGAUGAAGAUGAUGAUGAAGGGAGUGCGAGUGACACAAGUUAUGAUAAUCGAUGGGAAGGCUUUAAUACUUUCUUGUCCGAAACACCACACGAUGAAACAGUGCACAAGCUUCUUAAUGUAGAGCAUAAUGGUAAUGAUGGAAAUAGUGACGAUAGUAUAGAUCCAUCCAAUGCUAAAAAUCAUCAAUCAGAGACUGUUCUUCAUCCAGAAGGUGGUAAACAAAAUAAAAAUAUACCAACGGGACCUCAAACAGGAAAUAUAGGCUUGAAUACAUUGCAAGGGAAUGAGAAAGAAGACCUGAAGCAGAAAAACAAACGGCCGCUAGAAAAACAGUCAGAUUUACCUCCAGUGAUGCUACACAAGACCCCAAUGAUUGCCAAGUCAAGCUCUCUCCAGAAAACCAUUUCAACCAAUAAACCACGAACUGUCAAGCAAACUCCAAUGGUAGACAAACCAAAUCCUGUCCAACAAACACAAGUGGAGAAGUUGAUACCUGGAAUCAACUAUUUUCCAGAUCAAGCUGUCAGAACAGGUGCUCCAGGAAAGUCUUUCCACAAAAAUACACAGAGUAGACCUCAAAGCAAGCAGAUUCAUCCAUCAGAAUGGGGGAAUAAACCUUCACAUGCUAAACAUCCCACUUCCACUUCGGACAUCAAACUACCUCAGAAGAUACCUACUGCUAAAGAACAACUUCAUCCAUCGUGGGAGGCUAGUAAAAAGCGUAAACUUGAAUCAAAAAUAGUACCUUUUCAAGGGAAGAAAAUAGUAUUUGAUGAAGACUAAAUAAAAGUAAAUCCAGACCUAAUGUCAUUAAAAUGAAGACUCCAUUUGAAUGUUGUCACCAACCUCUAGAAGCUGUGUACAUAGAACAAAGUCAAUGAGACUACAUACCAAGCUUAUACAUGUAUAUGUACAUGAUGAGUUCAAACUUAAAUGGAUGUCUUCAAUGGUGUUUCACAAAAACUUGGAAUAAAUCAAUACAGAAUAACUUCAGUGUUUAUUUUAAAAUACAGGUUAUGUUUUAUUGUUAAUGAACAUGUACCUAUAACGUAAUUCCACAGUUUAGUUAUGAAGUUUAUACAUGUGUACAUGUAUGGUAUGCCAUCAUUACCUCGAGUAAUUUAGCAACCAUUCUGUACUUUCUAAGAUCAGAUUAUUAAUUUUGGUUUUUACCCAUACACCGACUAAGAUCAGAUUGUUUUGAACUUCAUGCUGUUUAUUUUGUGCAUUUUUAAAAAAUGUUUACAUCCCAUGGUUGAAGUAGGUUGAUUCCAUUUUGAAACUCGCCAUUUAUGUUUAGAUG